CGGGCGGGGGGGCGGUUGCACUUUUAUGUAGUUUAGGGCUUAAGGCGCCUGAGGCGGUUGUUUACCUAUGCACCCAGCGUGAUGGUUGAUAUAUGUAUUAUCACCUUUUCUCCUUUUUUUUUUUUUUUUUUUUUUUUUUUUGGCGAGUCCGGAUUCCGAUGCAGAGGCUUUAUCGUCCUUGCUGUCACGGUUUUGGAGAGGGAUACCCGGAAGCAGGCUGCAAGCCGGAGCUGGCUUGCUUCGGCGGUUGGUUUCCUUGGCAUUUUGCGGUUUGGUUUUUUGCUAGCUUGGUGAAUAUUGUAGUUAGUUACGUCGUACUGUUGUAAAUAGCUAGCUCGGGCGAUAGUUGCGGGAGAAGACGUCUAACUAAUGACUAUACCAUAGUUGCGAAUAAAACACACAAGAUCUAGUCAAGGCAGACUUAUUCACA